CUGGCUGAUCUGAAAAUGUCAGACUCACAUUAUAGCAGCAGCGAGAUGAAUUACUUUAAGGAGGCAUUAGAUGAGGACAAUGUGAUUUUAACAUUGGUUCCAGUUGUAGAGGAACCUAAAAAAGAACAUCUGGUGGAACCAAGUGUUUCUUCAACUGCAGAUAUCAAACCUGCAGAUAUCAGAUCUAAGAAGCCUUGGAAAAGCAAUAAAGUUGACUUUGCACAAGCAAAUGAACAAUUCGGAGCUUCCCCAAAACCUAAGUGCAAAAAAGCAGUUUUUCCCCUGCCAACCAUUUUGCCCCCAAUUACUAAGGUGUCUCGGAACACUUUGCGGAACUGGUGCCAACAGCUUAAUUUGAGUACAGAUGGCCAGAAAAUAGAAGUGUAUCUGAGACUCCAGAGACAUGCGUAUCCCGAACAAAUACAGGAUGUUCCUGACACACCACGAGAAGCCAAAAUGCGGUCAUGUCCAAAGAAAUGUACUACAAUGACCAAUAGAGCAAGGCUUCAGGACAAUUGUACUAGGAGCAAUGGAGAGGAAGACACUAAUAUAGUUGAAGUGAUAACUUCAGCUCAGGAAGCCACGUUGGCAUCUUGGGCAAGAAUUGCUGCAAGAGUCAGUCAGCCCAAGGCUGUGAAUUCGUCUUCCAUUCCUACUUCAGUUGAAGCCUUUUUGCAGGAAGCCUCUGGUGUCAGAUGGUGUGUAGUUCACGGCAGACUUCUCCCUGCAGAUGUACCGGGCUGGGUUCGCCUGCAGUUCCAUGCAGGCCACACCUGGGUACCUGAUACUCCCAAGAGGAUGAUUUCUCUCUUCCUGUUACCAGCCUGUACUUUUCCAUCCCCAGAACUAGAAGACAACAUGUUAUGCCCUGCAUGUACUAAGAGGAAUAAGAAGAUGAUGAGAAGAUUAAUAUCAGAGGGGGAGAAAAAGCACCACACUUGCUUUCGAGUGGUCAAGAAAGAUGAUGUCGGAGAACUGGAUGUCAUUACUGACCUUACCACGAAGGACUUCCGGAUUAUUAUUAAGACUGAAGUGAUUGAGAAGUUAAUGGGAGGUGAAAAAUUGAAACGCUGUGGCAUAGAGCAUUUUCCUAAACUGGUUGUCAAAAUCAGCAAGCCUUUUCCCUAUUUAGUCAUCUUGGAUCCUCCUUCUUCUCAGUUCUUAAGGUAA